AUGUCUGAAGUGCAGAAAGACAAAGCUGCCCGAAAAGACAAGAAGACAAGCAGGGUGCCGUCAGAGGGAAGUCACGGAGUCAAAUACACGGCUGGCAAAAACAAGGACUCGUUAAGCAAUAUUUCCUGCUUAGAUGAGCAAGACGGCCUGGUUGUCACGCUUGAGAACACCUACCAGCUAGGACCUCGCAAACGCUUCCCCGCUCCUGCUGUGUUGGCAAUACUGAAGGAUGUACUCCCAAGUUACCUCGAAGACGAGAAAUAUGAAGUGGAGUGGUCACGGCAAAUGAGCAAAAACUUAUCUGAGGUGAUACGAGCCCGCGUGAAGGACCUCAUGAUCCGCAGGUACAAGAUAGUGGUCUUGGUUCACAUCGGCCAACUCGCAGGACAGAGCAUGCAGAUCAGCAGCCGUUGUUUGUGGGACCCGGCAACCGACACCUUUGCGUCGUGGUCCUUCAAGAACACCUCCCUGUAUGGCGUGGCCAGUGUUUAUGCUGUUUACUUUGAGUAA